AGUGCCCGUGUGUGUCCGAUUAAUUCCGAAAUUUGUGCAAAACCAUUCGAGCCCGAGCAUGAGUGGGUCCGGCAAAGGAUUACUGGGAUUAUGGCUGUACCACAGCGGCGACCAAGAGUGGGCCGUCAAAGAGGGCAGUCCGCUGCACCGGCGGAAGGAAUUUGCUAAAACGGUCGACCACAGCAACGGCAACGAGCGCUCUGGUUCCGACCGGACGUCGAUCAUUUUCACGCUCAAGAACCAAAUCGGUGGCCUGGCGGGUGCGCUGCGUGUGUUCCAGGAGCUCGGCAUUAACGUGUUACACGUGGAGCUGAAUAAGAGCGGUGAGGCCGGUGACCAUGCCGACGUCCUGGUGGACAUCGAGUGUGACGCAAACCGGCUGGAGCAAGUUUUGCGACUUUUGAAGCGCGAGGUCCAGUCGGUGAACUAUGCGGCCCAGGUUAGCAACGACGGUCCGCCGCCGACGCCACUGUCCGCCUGUGGAAGCUUCGAUUUCGGCGAAAUGCACUGGUUCCCGAGGAAGAUCUCAGACCUGGACCGGGCUCAGAACGUGCUGAUGUAUGGCAGCGAGCUCGACGCCGACCAUCCAGGAUUUAAGGACCCGGUCUAUCGGAAGCGCCGGGAACAGUUUUCGGCCAUCGCCACCUCGUACAAGCAUGGCAAUCCCAUCCCGAGGGUUCAGUACACGCCGGAGGAGAUCAAGACAUGGGGGACGGUGUUCCGUGAGUUACACAAACUCUACGUCAAGCACGCCGUUCCGGAGUAUCUGGAGAACUGGCCGGAGCUGGUGAAGUACUGUGGCUACCGGGAGGACAACUUACCACAGUUGCAGGAUAUCAACGUGUUUCUGAAGCGCAAAACCGGCUUCCAGAUCCGGCCGGUCGCCGGCUACCUGUCGCCCCGCGACUUCCUGUCCGGCCUCGCGUUCCGGGUGUUCCACUGCACGCAGUACAUCCGCCACUCGUCCGACCCGUUCUACACGCCAGAACCCGACUGCUGUCACGAGCUGCUCGGCCACAUGCCGCUCCUGGCCAACUCGAGCUUCGCCCAGUUCUCGCAGGAGAUCGGCCUGGCGUCGCUCGGGGCGUCCGAGGACGACAUCAACCGGCUAGCUACGCUCUACUUCUUCACCGUCGAGUUUGGGCUGUGCCGCCAGCAGGACGGGGGUUUCAAGGUGUUCGGGGCCGGCCUGCUGUCGUCGGUGGCCGAACUGCAGCACGCCAUCACGACGCCGGCUAAGAUUAAGCGGUUUGACCCGGAAGUCACCUGCCAGGAGGAGUGUAUCAUCACGGCGUACCAAAACGCGUACUACUACACCGACUCGUUCGAGGAGGCGAAGGAAAAAAUGAGAGCCUUUGCCGAGAACAUUCAACGCCCGUUCGGGGUGCGGUACAACCCGUACACGCAGACGGUGGAGGUCCUGAGCAACGCCAAGAAAAUCACGGCCGUCGUCAGCGAACUGCGCGGUGACCUGAGCCUCGUGUCGUCCGCCCUGAAGAAAGUGUCCGCCCUCGACGAGAACCUGGACGUGGAGUCGAUCGAAAAGUUGCUCUCGAGUUGCAAUUUACACGUCGCCGAUAAGAGCCCCAACUCGGACGGGUCGGAUGGGGCGGACAAACCUACGACACCAAAUUCAACAUAGAUCGGGUAUGUUUAAUCCGCUACUGUAUUCUAACCCAUGAAGGUGUGCAAAAUGGAUAACGAUAGGGCAGAUUUGUUGAAUAGAUGUUCCUCGGUGAAACCAUACAAUGUGAGCACAAAACAAUCCGAUCCGUUUC